AAAGACUUCAAGCAGCAAACUUCAGCAUUCGAUCCUCAGCCAUAUUUUAACCUUGAAAAAUUUGUCAUGAAAAUUAGUUUUUCUUUCUUUUUUUGUAAACAAAACACAAUAUUAACCACACACACACGGUUUUAAACAAUUGAGGAUUCAUUUAUUCUGGCACCGUCAGAGUACUAACAUUAUGAGUAUUAUAAGUAUCUGGAGCGUCCAAUGCCUGACGCGAAGGUUCUUUCGCCAGGCGUACAUCUUGGCCAACAGAAGGAUACUGGUUCCGCCGCCAUUACAGCCGCCGCCGACAUAUGCCUCUUUCCGGUCGGCACACAACAACCUUUAUCAAAUGGUCAAGAAACGCACCUUUGAGGCUCGCAGCAAAAUGCAAGCCAAAAAAUAUCCCAACCAUCAGGUCUGCAUCCCCAAGAACUACGAGUACGAAAAUCAAUUGAAUGAGGACGUGGAUCCACAGGCUUCAGACAACGCUAGUGCCCCCGGCUUUCCAAACGUCAACUAUCAAGCCCCGCCGCAGUCAGAGCAGCUCAUUAUAAAAGGCUAUCCGGACGUGCAAGUCUGCAGUGCCAAGGAUGUCCUGAAAUCCUCGGAAUGUGAGCUCAAUAGCUCCGAGCCCGUUAUCGAUUCCUGCAAACCCAAGGAUCCCUGCAAGCCCAAGGAUCCCUGUGCAGAAUUCAAGCGCAAGAGGCAGGAGACACGGUGCCAGCCCUGUAAUGAUGGAAAUGCUACGGGUGGCGGUGGUAGUGAUGAGGAGUGCGAGUGCCGGCUGAAGGAUCUCCGUCUGAAGUGUCUACUGGGCGCGCUGGCGGCGCUGCUUACUGGAGGAUUGCUAACCUGGUUCUUGACGCGACAGCCGGACGAUAGUGAAGCCAGAAGGGCAGCUGAGGAAGAGGAGCUACGGAAGAGACGACUGAUAGCUGGUCUAGUGACAAGUCCUGCCAGCUCCGAGGACCUGCCAAACCACGUACCUUACCUUAUUGUCGGCGGCGGCACUGCUGCCUUCUCUGCGUGUCGAGCCAUCAAGUCCAACGAUGCCACCGCCAAGGUCCUGGUGAUCAGCAACGAGCCCCGCAAACCUUACAUGCGUCCGCCUCUCUCCAAGGAGAUCUGGUACACGCCUAACCCAAGCGAGGAUCCCAUCAAGGAUUACCGCUUCCAGCAGUGGACGGGCUCCGAAAGAAGCUUGUUCUUUGAACCGGAAGGGUAUUUCGUGGAACCCGAGAACUUGGCUGGCAGUGCAAAGGGCAUAGCCGUCGCUCACGGUUUCGCCGUCAAGAAGGUGGAUCAUGAUGAGCGAAAAGUGACGUUAAACGACGGCUAUCAGAUCGGGUACGACUCGUGUCUGAUUGCCACUGGCUGUUCCCCCAAGAACCUCAACAUUUUCCAGGAUGCGCCACCCAGCAUUCGCGAAAAGGUAAUGGUCUAUCGCACUCCCGAUGACUUCGACCACCUCCGCAAAUUGGCGAGGGAGAAGCGAUCGAUCACGAUCGUGGGCAACGGCUUCAUCGGGAGCGAGCUGGCCUGCUCUCUGGCCCAUUACUCCAAGGAGAAUGAUGGCGGCAAGGUAUAUCAGGUGUUCGAGGAGAACGGUAAUAUGUCGCAGGUCCUGCCGGACUACUUGAGCCGCUGGACGAUGGCCAAGAUGGAGUCGCAGGGUGUCUGUGUUAUCCCCAAUGCCAGCAUUCGGAGCGCGACAAGGGAUGAAGCUGAUCUAAAGCUGGAGCUAAACAAUGGCAUGACCCUGAUGUCCGAUGUGGUGGUAGUCUGUGUUGGUUGCUCACCCAACACGGAGCUCGCCGCUCCGAGCAGGCUGGAAGUAGACAGGAGCCGCGGUGGCUUCGUGGUCAAUGCUGAGCUGGAAGCCAGGCGAAACCUUUACGUGGCUGGUGACGUUUCCUGUUUCUAUGACCCGCUGUUAGGCAGACGGCGAGUGGAGCACUAUGAUCACUCCAUGGUCUCGGGCCGGCUGGCUGGUGAGAACAUGACGGGAGCUAAGAAACCAUACCAGCAUCAGAGCAUGUUUUGGUCGGAUUUGGGUCCUGAAAUCGGCUAUGAGGGCGUCGGCCUGGUGGACUCCUCGCUGCCCACCGUGGGAGUCUUUGCCCUGCCCUCGGAUGCUGCUGAACGCGUAGACAACCUGGCCGAGCCCAAGGAAAGCGGCGAUUCCAUGGGCACAGCCGAUGUUGAAGUCUUUACCAAAGAUGGCAUUACCUGUGAUCCCGACGACGCGGCGGACUACGGCAAGGGCGUGGUGUUUUACAUGAAGGACGACAAGGUCGUGGGCAUCCUGCUCUGGAAUCUCUUCAACCGAAUAGGCUUAGCUAGGACUAUUAUUAAUAAGAAUAAGAGUUAUGAUAACCUCAACGAAGUGGCCAAGCUGUUCGAGAUUAACGCGUAGAAAGCCCAUAGCCGCAAGAGAUGGACCAAGGAGAAGCUAAUGUUAGCAUUAUCCUGGAGUGCAAGUCGGCCCAUAUGGUGGUCUGUAAAUUUCUAACUGGAUACUAACGGCAAAGACGCAAGCAACAGAAAUUUUAGUUUUAGUAUUUUUGGAAUAAACCUUUAAUGACAUUCACCUACAA